CUUCAAAAUGGCAUCGAAACGUCGAUAUUUUAAUGUUUUGUAACGUAUAUUCUAUUGGGGACAGAUGAUAAAGUUUGAUAUUUAAAAAAAACAACAGCUUGAGUUCUGCUUUGGUCGAUGAUUGGUUGAGAUCCACCGCAGCUGGGCUCUGACCUUGUCGUGUUGGCUAGGCAACUAGCUAACUGCGAGACCUUCAGCGGACUCUUGCUCUUUCAACACACAGACAGAAAGAUGGCUGGGAAACGUGCAGCAUUGAAAGCCAUUGACUGGUUGGCCUUUGCUGAGAGGGUUCCCCCCAACCAGAGGGCCAUGUUCAACAACCUCAAGACUCGCUCAGACGCCAUCGGUGCCAAGCUGUCCUCUCUGCCAGAGAAGCCUGUUACCAUCGACUGGAGCUUCUAUAAGACCAACGUGGCCAGAGCCGGCAUGGUGGCUGAGUUUGAAUCCAAGUUCUCAGCCCUGACCAUCCCUGAGCCCAAGGACACAGCCACAGCCGCCAUCAACACACAGGAGGCCGAGGCGAACAAAGCUGCUGUUGCCUACGUGGAGGCUUCCAAAGCUCGUAUUGGCCAGUAUGAGAAGGAGCUGGAGAAGUUCCAGAACAUGAUUCCCUUCGACCAGAUGACCAUCGAUGAUCUGAACGACACGUUCCCUGAGACCAAGCUGGACAAGGAGAAGCACCCAUACUGGCCUCACAAGCCCAUCGCUGAGCUGUAAACUGGCCCCCGGCGCUUCCUAGAUCAUAUUAUACUUUCCUCUGAUGAAAGGUUGUAUAGUGUCCUAUGUAUAAAGUCAAGUCCUGUUUCAUCGACAGACAGUUUUGUGAAAUAACUGCUUAUUGUUAUUGAGCGACUGAGAAAGGUCAUCCGGUCCUUUGAAUGGAAAUAAACAUUUAUGGAAAUUGAA